AAAAAAGACUCCUGUGUGAUAACAGCGGAAUCUAGAGCACAAUUAACCGAGGAUAGUGACUCUUUUGCUGCCUCUUGCUGGAGGUUUUGGUCGGAGUUUUCACCCUCCCCGCCCCCCUUCAUCCGUCACGAUGUUGUGGUUUGUUUUAUUCCUGCCUGCGCUUUGCUCGACCCAGCGUUCAGAGCCGAUGUUCUCAGCCGUAACCAAGGCUAUGCUUCCUCCCGACUACGACAACAAUCCAACCCAGCUCAACUACGGUGUGGCCGUCACCGACGUGGACGGCGACGGAGACCUGGAGGUGUUUGUUGCAGGUUACAAUGGUCCUAACGUGGUGCUGAAGUACGACAAGGAGAGAAGAAGACUUGUCAACAUCGCCGUGGACAAUCGCAGCUCCCCGUUCUACGCCCUGAGAGACCGCCAAGGCAACGCUAUCGGGGUAACAGCAUGUGACAUUGACGGAGACGGCCGGGAGGAGAUUUAUGUACUCAACACCAAUAACGCCUUUUCUGGACGUGCGACAUAUACAGACAAACUCUUCAAGUUCCGAAAUGGACGAUUCGAGGAUCUGCUGAAUGAUGACAUUAACGAACAUAGGGAUGUGGCCAACCGUAUGGCCGGACGCUCAGUGGCCUGUGUGGACAGAAAGGGCACAGGCCGUUAUGCCAUCUACAUAGCAAACUAUGCCAGCGGCACCGUGGGUCCACAUGCGCUUAUAGAGAUGGACGAGGCGGCGAGUGACCUUUCGCAAGGCGUCAUCGCACUGUCCAACGUGGCUGAACAAGCGGGAGUCAACAAGUUCACUGGAGGCCGAGGUGUGGUCGUGGGGCCCAUCGUGAGCCAGAGCUACUCUGAUGUGUUUUGUGACAACGAGUACGGACCCAACUUCCUGUUCCGAAACAACGGCGAUGGAACUUUUACUGACGUGGCGCAGCAGUCUGGGGUGGAGGACCCCAUGCAGCACGGCAGAGGGGUAGCCCUUGCAGACUUCAACCGUGACGGGAAGACGGACAUCGUUUACGGCAACUGGAACGGACCUCAUCGUCUUUACAUGCAACUUAACAACCGCAAGCAGAGGUUCAAGGACAUAGCCUCGCAGAAGUUUUCCAUGCCAUCCCCGGUCCGCACCGUUAUUGCAGCUGAUUUUGACAAUGACAACGAGUUGGAGGUCUUCUUCAAUAACAUUGCCUACAGGGGGCCCUCGGCCAACAGACUGUUUAGGGUGAGCAGGAGAGAGCAUGGAGACCCCCAGAUAGAGGAAUUGAAUGUUGGCGAGGCUUCCGAGCCAGAAGGACGAGGAACUGGAGCUGUAGCCACAGACUUUGAUGGAGAUGGCCGUCUGGAGUUGCUGGUGUCUCAUGGUGAAAGUGCAGCGCAACCGCUUUCUAUCUACAAAGUCAACCUGGGAACCACAAACUCAUGGCUGCGUGUGAUUCCCCGGACCAAGUUUGGCGCUUUUGCCAGAGGAGCUAAAGUGGUGGUGUACACAAAGAGGAGCGGACCGCACACACGCAUCAUCGAUGGAGGGUCAGGGUACCUCUGCGAGAUGGAGCCUGUCGCACACUUCGGCCUAGGUAAGGACAUGGCCACAAAUGUGGAAGUGUACUGGCCAGAUGGCAUCUCAGUUGCUCGACCCUUGGAACCGUCAGAGAUCAAUUCUGUGCUGGAGAUCCACUACCCGAGAGACGAUGAUGAGGUCACCCCCACCGUGGAAAUAGAGUGUGGUCCUGGCUUUGCUCUAAAUGAAAAUGGACGCUGCAUUGAUAAAGAUGAGUGUACCCAAUUCCCGUCUGUGUGUCCCUCUGACCGCCCCGUUUGCACCAACACUUAUGGCAGCUUUAAAUGCCGUACCAAGAGAAGAUGCAACCAGGGCUUUGAGCCCAGUGAUGAUGGGACAGCAUGUGUGGCCCAGGUGGCUUACUUUGGGAAGACGCGGUCGUCUGCGGAACGCACAUGGUCGGCCAUUUCUCUCUGGCUAUCACCCAUCGGUGUACUUCCUCUCAUCUCGACCCAUCUCCAGAGUGGACUACUGUAGGUGCCUUCUUUCUCUGCAUUAACAAGGAUGUACAGAAACUCUCAAAGAAAACAUUCUAUCCUCCUCCUCUUUCUCCUAAAACAAGCUCAAUGGAUCUGUGAUAUCAGUCUUGUUUUCCACCAUCCGUCACUUUUGGGGCUCGUCAGGAACUUGCAGAGAGCAUGCUAGAACUAACUGCGUUAGAGCCGCAUUGCCCUCUUGUCAUCACCUGGCAUUUAUCUCAGUGGGAUUUGAACAGCGUCCAAGUCAAUAAGUGGUGGCUGCAGCGAAUAAAAACCACUGCACCGAACCGACUGGCUCCUCCGGGAACAUUCAUUAGGGACACGCUGAGGCCACCGUCUGUAUGUGUGCACAAUGCUGCUCUCAUUCUGCGUUUGGGCUUACUGGGAUGCUGAGGAACACCAGGUCUCCAUGCUACAAGUUGUGUGUGUGUGUGCGUGCGUGUGUGUGUGUACAGUAUGCGUGUCAGUGUGUGUGCUAGUGAACAUAUGCCAGACCAUCUGUCAGCAGUUGUGGGUUACAUUUUGUUAACUAUUAAUAAUUCUACAACACAGCAAAGAUGAUGAACACUUUCUUUUAGGGUGAUGGCAUGAAGUUUAAUUUUAUUUACGGGAAUCCACAUAACUUCAUUAAAAAAAAGCUGAGCACUAUAUUAUAUUUAAUUCCAUCAACAUGAGCUUCACUGUCCCUGUGGGUGCUCCCUGAAUGUGCCCAGAAUAAAAAUAAAAUCAGAUUAAAAACAUGGCAGACACACAAUUUAAUUAAAAACAUUACAUUUUACAAUAAAUACUAUAUUAUUAUUUUUGCUUUAAUUUGAGAGUGGUAAGCAUUUAAAAGCUAAUGUUAGGCCAUAUUUAUUUCAUUAAAAUAAUUCAUGAAAGCCCAAGAUACUCAUUACAAUGCAUUACAAAUGACCUUACAUUUGGCUCCAUUUAGCACAGUCUGACAAUCAUUUAAAUGAUCUGCAUUGUAGAAUGCACACCAAUGUUACUUAGUUCUGAAUGAAUUUUAGAAACAUUAAGUUCAAGGAGAAAUAAUUUUUUUUUUUGAGCAACAUAAUAUACCCGAAAUAAAGUCUCCUUCUCGGAAAUCAAAUCAAACCAAAGUGACCAUUUUCCUGCCCAUUUCACAAAGGUCACUUUUAAAACUAGUUUAAACCCUUCCACUCUCUACAGUAGUUCUGAACCCUCAUCAUUUAUUUAAUCAACACCUCUAAAAACAUUUAUUGUACAGUAUAAAACACAGUAGAUUGCUGUUAUACAUUUUGGUGAUAAUAAUGACAAAAUAAAAAAUACACAGGCCAAUGUCUCUGCCACAAAAUAUUCCUUUUAAUAAAUUAAUAAUAUUAACGGUAACAAUACUAUAAUUACUGACACUCAGUUUAGAGAAUAUUCACCCUCAAACAUUUAAAUCAUCUCACCCUUCGUAUUUAUACGUGCAUCAUGGUACCGUGUUACUGUACUUUACACUGAUUCAAUACAUAAACAUAUCGUUGGCAACUUCCCUCCCGCACAAAUUAAUGAGCAACCUAAAAUAUAUUUGAAGAUAACAAAAUGGAUUUAAAUAAUUUUAUUUGAAUUGCUAAAAAAACAAAAAAAAAAGAAAAAAAAAACCCAGGCUAUUAGUUAAGGAUGCAAAAUAUUGCUACUUGUGGGGCACAAUUAAUGUUAAUGGCUCAGCUGGCAAAAAAAAUUAAUAAAAGAAAAAGGUAUGUGUCUCUCACUUGGUCUGCGGGGAACAUUGUAGUUAGUUAGCUAGUUCAAUAAAAACUGGUUAAAUGAUACAAAGAUUCAUCAUCAAAACACAUUCAUAGGACGGCAUCCAUCCAUCCAUUUUCUGAGCCGCUUCUCCUCACUAGGGUCGCGGGCAUGCUGGAGCCUAUCACAGCUAUCAUCGGGCAGGAUGUGGGGUACACCCUGAACUGGUUGCCAGCCAUUCACAGGGCACAUACAAACAAACAACCAUCUGCACUCACAGUCACACCUACGGGCAAUUUAGAGUCUCCAAUUAAUGCAUAUUUUUGGGAUGUGGGAGGAAACCGGAGUGCCCGGAGAAAACGCACGUAGGCACGGGCAGAACAUGCAAACUACACACAGGCGGGGCCAGGGAUUGACCCGGGUCCUCAGAACUGUGAGGCUGACGCUCUAACCAGUCGGCCACCGUGCCCACUAUAAACAUUUAGACUUAAUUACUUUACGUAAUAUCAACCUGUUAAAUGUAUGUAAAAUGGUGAAAGGAGUCCAGACUGUCAUUCGCUAAAAGUGUGGCUGAUGACGCUGCGCAUGCGUAUGUUGCGAUAUUUACGUUAUCAGCGAAAGUGGCAACGUAUGGAAAACCCACAGGACAAAAUGUAUUUCCUUGCUUUUUUUUUUUUUUUUU